CACACGUUUCUCUCCCCAAAUCUCAUCUUUCCAAAUAUUUAGAUCUUCAAAGAUCCUCAAAACCCUAAUUCUUAUCCUACCUUCAAUCCUUUGGUGUCCAUUGCUCCAACACAUUAUCCCCAAAUUCCCAUUAAUUCUGGUUAAAAAUGGCUCUAGCUUAUCUUGGAUCCAAGAAAGUCGACGCCGCCGCGCUCAUGGCUUCCACUUCGCCUUCACCACCGCAACGCAUCUUAACCCAAGACGAGCUCAAGAAAAUCGCAGCCUAUAAGGCCGUCGAGUUUGUCGAAUCCGGCAUGGUUCUCGGCCUUGGAACAGGGUCCACCGCCAAACACGCCAUAGACCGUAUCGGAGAACUUCUCCGGCAAGGAAAGCUUGCUAACAUCAUCGGAAUACCCACUUCCACGCAAACCCAUGAGCAGGCUUUGUCUCUAGGAAUACCUCUGUCGGAUCUUGAUACCAACCCAGUUCUCGAUUUGGCCAUCGACGGAGCAGAUGAGGUCGACCCAGAUAUGAAUUUGGUCAAAGGCCGUGGCGGAUCGUUGCUUCGUGAAAAAAUGAUCGAGGGUUGUUGCAAGAAAUUCGUGGUGAUUGUUGACGAAUCGAAGCUGGUGGAUUACGUCGGAGGAAGUGGGUUAGCCAUGCCGGUGGAAAUCGUGCCUUUUUGCUGGAAAUUCACAGCACAGAAGCUUCAAUCGUUGUUUGAAGAAGCCGGUUGUGUUGCAAAGCUCCGCAUUUCGCCGGAAAAUGGUAAGGCGUAUGUUACCGAUAACGGGAAUUUCAUAAUCGAUCUAUAUUUCAAGAAAGAUAUCGGGGAUUUGAAGGCUGCCGGAGAUGCAAUAUUGAGACUCGCCGGCGUCGUGGAGCAUGGGAUGUUUAUUGACAUGGCCACUACUUUGAUUGUGGCCGGAGAGAUGGGAGUUAGGGUUAGGAACAAGUGUUAGCUAACAUGAAAAUGGGGUUCCAUGUUUUCCCCUAACCCCCUUUUGGCAUUUUUUCAAUUUUUAUGCCUUUAAUUUGACAAAAUUAUCAAAAGAAAUGAUGCAAAUUAGCAUUUCUAUUUCAUUGUUGUUUUGUUAAGAUUGUUUAUGUCCAAAGUUAGACAAACACUUUAGAGGUGGCGUUUGGUUUGCAGAUUCUAGAGGAAUCUGAUCAAUUGGAAUGUUAAAUUCCAUUACUGAUAAGGAUUGAAUGUAUAAUGAAAUGGAUAACGUAUAAAUGGUAAAAAAAAUCAUUUUGAACU